UUUUUUUUUGUCACUCUUUUCUUUCUUACUUUUCAUUAUAUAACGAUAUUAUUCAACGAUCAUGUCUGACGGCAAAUUAGAAAAGAUGGAAAAAGACUUUACUCCACAAGUCGAUGCUCUUAUUCCUGAAACAGAGUCAUUGGCCAAGACUGGAAAACUAAACGAAGCUAUUGAUAAGUUAUUGUCUUUGGAAAAACAAGCUCGAAACGCUGCCGAUCCCAAUUCUACUGGUCGUAUUCUUGUUCAAAUCAUUAAACUUUGUCGCGAUGUUAACGAUUGGAAGCUUUUGAAUGAGCAGAUCGUCUUAUUAUCCAAGAAACAUGGUCAACUCAAAGUGGCCACUACGAAAAUGGUUCAAGAAGCAAUGGGUUAUCUUGAUACUACACCUGAUAUGGACACUAAAUUGGAAUUAAUUGAUACUCUUCGUUCUGUUACUGAUGGAAAGAUUUAUGUUGAAGUGGAACGGGCAAGAAUCACACGUAUGUUAUCAAAAAUCAAAGAAGAUGAAGGCAAAAUGUCUGAAGCUGCAGAUAUUCUUCAAGAACUUCAAGUUGAAACAUUUGGAUCAAUGGAAAAAAGAGAAAAGACCGAUUUUAUCCUAGAACAAAUGAGACUGUGUUUAGCCAAACAUGAUUAUGUCCGUACUCAAAUCAUCUCCAAAAAAAUCAAUGCCAAAUUCUUCCAAGAAAAAGAAAAUGAAGAUUUGAAAUUGCGAUUCUAUGACUUGAUGAUUCGACAUGCUUUACACGAAGAACAAUACCUUAAUGUACACAAGUUUUAUAAGCAAAUAUAUGACUCUGAUUCUAUUCAACAAGAUGAAAGUAAAUGGAAACAUGCUUUGGAACGGGCUAUCCUCUUUGUGGUAUUAUCACCUUAUGACAAUGAACAAUCCGACUUGUUACAUAGAAUAUAUCAAGAUACAAAAUUGGCAGAUGUUCCUUUAUAUCAAGAAUUGGCCAAGUGCUUUGUAUCGGUUGAAUUGAUGCGAUGGCCUCGUAUUGAAGAAACUUAUGGUCAAACUCUACACCAAACUGAAGUAUUCAGUCAAUCAACAGAAGAAGGAAAGAAACGUUGGAAGGAAUUACACAAUCGUGUGAUUGAACAUAACAUUCGGGUGAUUGCCAAAUACUACACACGUAUUACUACUAAACGACUGACUCAAUUACUGGAUCUGAACGAAAAGGAAUCUGAAGACUUUUUAUCCAAAUUAGUUGUCUCCAAGACAAUUCAUGCAAGAAUUGAUCGAACUGCUGGCAUCAUCUCUUUCCAAGUCAAGAAGGAUGCCAAUCAUAUUUUGAACGACUGGUCAAGCGAUAUCAACUCUUUACUGAAUUUGGUGGAAAAAACAUGCCAUUUGAUCUCCAAGGAAGAAAUGGUCCAUAGUAUUGCCAAGAUCAAAUAGGUUAUUGUUGUAUUGUUAGAUUUAGUUUAAUCUUCAUUUUUUUUUUUUGUUAGUCUACAUUCAAAUAAAUAGUUUUUUUUUUUCUUUC